AUGAGGACAGUGAGUGCUGGGACAGGCAGACUCAAUAGUGUCCUCUGCAUGGGUGCUGUGGGACACGCUGGAGGCAGGCAGAGUGUCGCUGCUAAUGUGUUUCGUCUCCUGCAAGCAGAUCUGAAAGGGUACAGCAUGAACCAAGAGGACUGGAAUGCAGAGAUGGGGGACGAGGGAUCGCCAAUCCUCCCACUUCUUGAGCAGGCUAGCUUCUCUGAAAGACCAAAUGGCCCCUCAUCUGACUUCAGUCCAAGUGUAGGCUCAUUCGGUGCUGUUGAAAGAUCUAACAGAAUUCAGCAUAAGCAGGAUCAUUUUGGAGAGUAUUCUAGGAGUAGAGAUACUGAUGAACGUCUGAACAGACAGUGUCAACCAGUGAGUAGAUUUGGUACCGGAAGGAAUUUUGCAAACAGAGGUUUUCAAGAAAGGAAUGUUGUAGAAGAUUCUAAUACACAAAAUAGAGGAUUUAGAGGAUUUCCUGGUGGAUUUGGACAAAGUGAGAAUACUAAAGAUGAGCAAAGAGGUAGACUUCAGUCUGGCAUUUUUCUUGGCUCUAGAGGAAGAGGAGCAUUUGGAGGUCAUGCAGCAGCUUACAAAGAAUGCAAUGAAGAAAUACGUUCUGAAAGAGGUCCAAAGGUGACUUACGUGCCGCCUCCUCCACCUGAUGAUGAACAAGCCAUCUUUGCACGUUAUCAGACAGGAAUUAAUUUUGACAAGUAUGAUGAAAACAUUGUCGAAGUAUCAGGACUUGACCCUCCAGCACCAUUACUGGCUUUUGAAGAAGCUAACCUCUGUCAGACUUUAAACAUGAACAUUGCUAAAGCUGGAUACUCUAAACUUACUCCAGUGCAGAAGUACAGCAUUCCUAUUAUACUGGCAGGACGGGAUUUAAUGGCAUGUGCACAGACAGGAUCAGGAAAAACUGCAGCUUUUCUUCUACCAAUUGUGGCCCACAUGAUGAGAGAUGGAGUAACUGCCAGUAUCUUUAAAGAGCAGCAAGAACCGGAAUGUAUUAUUGUUGCCCCAACUAGAGAACUGAUAAAUCAGAUCUUCCUAGAAGCAAGGAAAUUUGUGUAUGGAACUUGUAUAAGGCCUGUUGUGAUCUAUGGAGGUACACAAACAGGCCAUUCAAUUCGUCAGGUAAUGCAAGGCUGUAAUAUACUAUGUGCCACUCCAGGAAGGCUUCUAGACAUCAUUGGAAGAGAGAAGAUUGGUUUGCAUAAUGUGAAAUAUUUGGUGCUGGAUGAAGCAGACCGCAUGCUUGAUAUGGGUUUUGGGUUAGAUAUGAAGAAGCUGAUUUCUUACCCAAGCAUGCCACCAAAAGACAAACGUCAAACACUAAUGUUUAGUGCCACUUUUCCUGAAGAAGUUCAGAGGCUGGCUGGUGAAUUUUUGAAAACUGAUUAUUUAUUUGUUGUUGUUGGACAUGUGGGUGGAGCUUGCAGUGAUGUUCAGCAAAAUAUUCUUCAGGUUCCUCAGUAUUCCAAGAGGGAUAAACUGAUAGAAAUUCUACAAAGCAUAGGCCAUGAACGAACCUUGGUGUUUGUGGACAAAAAGAAAAAAGCAGACUACAUUGCAGCCUUUCUUUGUCAAGAAAAAAUACCAGCCACUAGCAUCCAUGGAGAUAGAGAACAGAGAGAGAGAGAAGUAGCUCUUCAGGAUUUUCGUUCUGGGAAAUGUCCAGUUCUCGUGGCAACUUCAGUGGCAGCAAGAAGGCUGGAUAUUGAAAACGUUCAACAUGUUAUUAAUUUUGAUCUUCCUUCCACCAUUGAAGACUAUGUACACCGAAUUGGACGAACUGGUCGUUGUGGAAAUACAGGCAAAGCAGUUUGCUUCUUUGAUAACAGUACAGAUGGCCAUCUUGCACAAUCUCUAGUUAAAGUGCUUUCAGAUGCCCAGCAGGAAGUUCCUGUUUGGUUGGAAGAAAUUGCUUUUGGUUUUCAAGGAGAAAGAAUCUUUACAUCAGUUAAUACCCAAAAGAACUAUGGAGCCAGAGCCAACAUGAACCCAGGAGGAAUGAAGAUGUCAUAUUCUGCAAGUGCAUUUGAGUCAUGGGAUUAA